AGAAAUCACUGCUUUAUGUGCGAUUUUCCAAGAAGACUGCAAAAUUCUUCCUGGAUCACCUCCUCAGAUAGUUAUUAAGCUCAGACCCUAUUCAAAGGACAUGGGGUACGAGGAUGUAGAUGUUUCUGCUGUUCUUGUUGUUAGGUUCUUACCUGGCUAUCCUUUCAAGUGUCCAAAGUUGCAAAUUACUCCUGAGCAUGGUUUAUCAGAAAGUGAUGCUGAUAAACUUUUGUCUCUCCUCCUUGAUCAGGCUAAUUUAAAUGCCAGGGAGGGAAGAGUAAUGAUCUUUAAUUUGGUGGAGGCUUCUCAAGAAUUUCUGUCUAGUAUUGAGCCAGCUGACAAAUUAAAUGACUCUAAGAAUUUGCACUCAGCUAUGGAAAGCAAUGAAGAAUUAUUUUUCAAGGAUAUAGCAACUUCAAAUAGAAGUUCUGCUUUUGUUUAUGGUUUCAUAGACCUCUUCAGUGGCUAUGGAGAAUCAUGGAAUUGGGGUUUUGGAGUGGAUGAAACAAGGGGUAAAGUUUCUUCUGUCCCACCAAUAAAGUUAGAUGCCUCAGAACAUGUUUAUGGGAUUGAGGAAAAUAAAUCUGAUAGAACUUCAGAACCACCUAAAAUGCAAGAAUCAAAGCAAGGUCCAUUAGUUUCUCCAACUGCCAAAUUACAUACCUUGAGGGAAAAUAGUGAAGAAAGCAACACGAGCAUGCCUUCAUCUAAUUCUGGUAGGUCUCACGCAAUGGAGCUCAUAGGGAAUGGCAAUAAAAAUGAGAAAGAGCAAGAUUUUAUCCUUGAUGAGUAUACAUCAGAGGAUAAUGAAGAAGGUAUUUAUGCAACUCCAUCUUCAGGGUCCCAAUCUUCUUCAUCCAUGACUCAUAAUCAAGAACUUCAAAUAGAUGAAAGGGAUAUGAUAAUGGUUCACUUGCUUCGCCUUGCUUGUUCCUCAAAAAGUCCUUUGGCUAACUCUUUGCCACAAAUAGCUACUGAGCUAUACAAUUUAGGGGUCAUUUCUGAUUGGGCAAGGCAUAUGGCGUCUGAACCACCUUCUCAUUUUAACAUAACCUUUGAUCAUGUUUUCCAGAAACAACUGGUAUCAUCCAAAAUAUCGCAGUUUUGGAAACCUUCUGUUCUUGGAGGCCCAGCUAUGGUUCCCAUAAGUUCUCGAUAUUUGAAUGACUUUGAGGAGCUACGGCCUCUUGGUCAUGGUGGUUUUGGUCAUGUUGUGUUGUGCAGAAACAAACUUGACGGAAGGCAGUAUGCAGUAAAAAAAAAUCGCCUUAAUGACAAAAGCAUGCCUGUAAAUGACAGGAUUUUAAGGUAAAUUUAUAUGUCGGAGCAUG